UCCAAACUUGGCAAAACGAUACCGUGGGUUGCGUUUAGUAACCGCCGAAUCGAUCACAGUCCUUAGCCUGUAUAUAAAUAUCAAAAGCUUCUUCAUUUGUUCCUCACACUUGGCAGUAGCGUUCGUCGGAAGCUCAAAAAUCUAGAGAGCGCACAUUGAUAAGUAAAGCACAAGAAUGGAAGGCACUGUCUUUGCCCCUGCUUUAGAAGGAAUCAAGCAUGUCAAGUCUGAGGAAGGAGUAAUGCUUACCACACCUUUCUUAGAUGUCUGCAAACACAUCUUACCUAUUAUAGAAAAGUUUGGAGCUGCCAUGGCACUGGUCAAGUCUGACAUUGGUGGAAAUAUAAUGAGGUUAGAAAACAAGUACUUGUCGAACCCAACAAAAUAUACAAAUUUGUACAGUAUGGUGCAAGAAGAGGUUGAGGCAAAGACAGCAAAAGGCUCUUCCAGUUGCACAAAUGGUCUUCUUUGGUUGACAAGGGCGAUGGAUUUUCUGGUGGCACUGUUUAGAAAUUUACUGGAGCAUCAGGACUGGGCUAUGUCACAAGCUUGCUCUGAUUCCUACAGCAAGACAUUGAAAAAGUGGCAUGGAUGGCUAGCGAGUUCAAGUUUUACGGUGGCUAUGAAGCUCGCUCCAGACAGGAAGAAAUUUAUGGAUGUAAUAUGUGGGACUGGUGAUAUAAAUAGCGACAUUGAAAAAUUCUGUACUACUUUCUCACCGCUUCUUGAAGAGAACCACAAGUUCUUGGCCAGCGUUGGAAUGGAUGAACUGAAAGCAUCUUAAGCUGAAAGGAAGUUUUGCUACUCUUUUCAGAUCCAUCGACACUGUGAGAAACUUUUGAAACAACAAUACUUCCUGCUUUUUCCUGUUGUACGAUGAGUAGCUGUACUAGACAAUGAAUUAUUUCGUCUACUGGUUUGUAACUUAUAAUGAAAGGGACUGGGUUUGAGGUCAAUAAGUAAUUCUGGAGACUAAUGAUUGUAACUCAAUAUUUUAUUUCAUUAUAGCUCAUGAUAACCUCUUGUGAAUUUAAAUUUUAAGUGAAUGUAUUCUUCAGCAAGGAAUAUUAUAUAAUUAGUAUAUUAGGUCGUGUUAGUUAAGUAGA